UGGGCAGGGAAUAUAUUUGCAGAUGCGUCACGGUCUGCACACAGUAGAACAUUCACAAAGUGAAUGGGGGUUUGUUCCUGUGCAAUGAGAUUUACUUUAUGAACUAGUUUGUCGCGCUUGCAGAGACAAUCUUAACUCGCUACGAUGCAGACUCGAAGAGUGUGCCUUAUUGCAGUUUUCUGCAUCUGCAUUACAAGCAUUUUACAUCUAGUAUUCAACAACGGGGUCGGAGACAGUCACGAUGGCCUUUCAUGCAUGAAAACCACAAAAUGGGAUGCAGUACCGGAACACUGGAAAUUGGAAAACAAUAGAAGAAAGCAGUACGCAAAAGAGAUGUGUAGAUCCUUUGGAAUACCCAAGCCUUUUAAUAUCUCAGAUAUAGGACAGAUAACACAACUUUACGUCGACGACAGACACGGACUCCUUUUCUGUGAGGUGCCAAAAGUUGGCUGUACGAACUGGAAAAAGUUACUUCUCUAUUUGACACAUAAUUAUAAUUAUACUGAAGCGAUGAGUCUAUCGCAGGAAGAUGUUCACAUGAGGGUUCUUUCCUUUGUCACCCCUCUUGCCAGGUUCAACGAGUACGGGAGGAAAUAUCGUCUGCAGAACUAUCUGAAGUUUAUGAUGGUUAGACACCCGAUGGAGCGCGUCGUGUCGGCUUACGUGGAUAAACUUGAAGAUGACCACGACCCAUACCUACUAUGGCUGGGAAAAAGAAUUCUUAAAAAAUAUAGGAAGAACCCGUCCGAAGAUGCCUUAAAAACUGGACGGAGUGUGACUUUUCAGGAAUUUAUCAAUUAUCUGUUAGACGAGACCAAGACUAAAUGGGGUAAAAAGAAUAUCGAUAUUCAUUGGAGGACGUACGAUAAUCUAUGUCAUCCAUGUUCUAUAGAUUAUGAUGUCAUUGGAAAGUACGAAACUCUUGAAACAGACUCCAAUAACAUUUUAGAUAUGAUAGGAUCUCAAAUAAGAUAUCCGUCUUUUAACAAGUCUUCAAAAACUGCGACUUUCAUGGACAAAUAUUAUAAGCAGUUAAGUCCAGGGAUUGUUCAAAAGAUUUGGGAGCUUUAUAGAAGAGACGCCGAAAUUUAUGGCUACGAUUAUUCUGUGAAACAAAACUAGAUUUCUACCACAUUUGUGUGUAAAAAAAAACAUUUAUGAAAGUCUAUGGUGGAUAUUAAGAAUUGUCAAAUUUAGCUCAGUCCUGUCACAUUUAACAUAUCUUUAAAUUUCAUGUCUAACAAAUAUUUUGUACUGCAGUGAAACAAAGAAACACAUGGCCUAACAA